AACAAAUCAAAUCCAAAAAAACGUCUAACCAAACCAAACCAAACCCGAAUUCAACACCCUUCGCCUACCCGGUUAAGAGUUCUGUAUGCAUUGGGCCGAGUCCAAAAUUUUACACGCUGUCUUACGCCUACGCGGACAGUACUUGCUCUGGCUGCUAGAUCUGAAAGAAAGUAGCUGUAGAGACAAGACAAAUGAUGUGAUCGGUUUAAGCUAAAACAAGAAAACAGCUUCACUUCUUGCAAAUCUCCAACUCUUUGACAAAAAAGAUGGGAGCGCAACAAUCUACACAAGUGGGAGACGAUGAAGAAGAAGAAGAGGAACAAACAGAUGGUGAAGAAGAAGAACAAGAAGACGAUAACAGCAGAUCGAAUCCAAGAGAGCUAGACAACCUCCUAGUGAAGAGAGUUCUCGAGCAAGAGCCAGAGAUGCUACCUUGCCACGCUUCAGCCUCGCCGCUCUCUCCACAGCUAUCAUCUCUCGGAACUCCACGGAUCGGCCCUUCCAUCAAAGUCUGGGAUCCUUACAACGUCCUCGCUCCUCCUCCUCCUCCUAUCUUCUCCCGACUCACCACCGGAGACGAAGAUCGUGCUGUUACCGAGGUUUAUCUUAUCAGCCACGGUGAGUGCGAUCUCAAUCUUAGGCCUGAUCUUGUCGGAGGGAGAUGCCACGUCGCCGCACUCACCGCCAAUGGUGAACGCCAAGCCAGGGCUCUUGCUGUGUUCUUUAAAUCACAGGGUGUUCGGUUUACUUCGGUUUACUCCUCGCCUUUGGAUCGAGCUAGAUCCAUGGCUGUUUCGGUUUGCCAGGAAAUGAGUUUUCCAGAGGAGCAUGUACAAUCCUCAGACGCACUUAUAGAGAUGAGUCUAGGAGAUUGGGAAGGUUGCAAUCAAUCAGAGAUUUACAAUCCUGAAACUCUGAGCUUGAUCGAAAGAUGUCAGCCUGAUUUCUCAGCUCCUUCCGGAGAAUCACUCAGACAAGUGGAGUUCCGCAUGGUUCAGUUUCUAAACGGGACAGUCUCAGGAAUUGCAGAGAAGCUAAGGUCAGAUCACAGUGAAACACAUGAGCGUUAUGGUACGUCGACCAACUGGGACUUGCUUCACAAGCAUCGUCCAAGCCUUACAAGGAAGAAAUCAGGCAAAAGCAGGCUUCAGGUGAUGACCAAUCACGAGCUUGAGGAUGGAGUAUCCCCAAGGGAAGAUGUUAAUCAUAACCACAUUGAUAUGAGUGAUUCUUCUUCUUCUUCCUUGGUAUCGAGUUGCGUUGGGGUUUUCACGCAUUCGUUGCCUAUAAAGUGUCUUCUGACCGGAGUCCUCGGGUGCAGUCCGGUAAUGACUCAUAAGAUGUGUGUGGAGGACUCUUCCGUGACUGUGUUGCAGCAUUCUUGGAGAAAUGGGUGGCAGAUCAAACGAAUAAAUGAUACUGCUCAUCUUAGAUUGUUGUAGUUUGAAAAAAAAAAAUUAUUUACUGGUAAAAAAAGUUUUCAUAUGUAUACAAUGAUGAAUCUGUGGUAAGUUCAAGAACAAAGGUUAUGCAGAUGACAUGCCACGGCUUCUUCUUUGUAAUGUUUGUUUUGAAACUAUGGAAAAAAAAUAUUCAUUGAGUUUGAUCUUUGUGUGUU